AAUACAAGAAGUGUGUGGAUUUCAUUUUCUUAUUCUUUUUAUAAGGAUAACAAACGUAAGCCCAUCGAAGACGAAGUUGCGAAAGAAUUGAAGAGAGAGAGAGAGAUGGGGGUGACAAAGGAGGGGGUUGAAUCUUCUUUGACUUCAAAGCUGAACCCUUCUCAUCUCGCAGUGAAGGAUACAUCUGGCGGGUGUGGAGCAAGCUUUGAAAUAGAGAUUGUAUCAGAACAAUUUGAAGGAAAGAGAUUGCUGGAGAGACACCGAAUGGUGAAUGCUGCAUUGGCACAAGAGAUGAAGGAAAUCCAUGCUCUCUCCAUUAAGAAAGCUCUUACCCCUAACCAGUGGAAUGAGCAGCAGCAGCAGCAAGAAGACGCUCAAGAAUCUUAAUCCAUUCGAAAGCUAUGGACAUGAAUAAGUGUUAUAUAUUAUUUAUUAUUAUGUGGGAGACACAGAAAGCUAUGGACACAGCAAGUGUUACUGGAUUAAAUUUAAAGCUAUACCAAGGCUCUCUCUUGAUAAAUUGCA